UGCUUAAAUUAAUUUUGAAAAACUAUUUGAUUGAUUUCAUCCCAUUAAGAAUAUAUAUUUAUUUUUUAAUUCGAGAAUGGAUUAACUGGCGGAUUAAUGUCAUCUUCAAAAGAAUAAUCUCGCUAGUAAGCCACUAUGUUAAUUGGAUUAAGUUUUCAUCGUUUUCAAGGUUUCUUCGGGUUUUACAGGAGGAAAAUUACAACAGCAAAACGUGUUUUAUAUACCGUAGAAGCGGACAUGACCAGCAAAAGGAGAAACUCGCUAGAUAAACUUCAAGAUUUCACUGUUUUUUUGCUGAAAAAUCGAGAUCUUUUGAUGUUUAAAGUAACUUCAUUGUGGAUCUGGUUUCAACAACUGAUCGUAUUUCUCAGAAACCUUUCAAAACCAAGUUCGUGGAAAGAAUUAUGGAACAAAUUGCUGAUGAUGAUGUGCGCUAUAAAAACCAGAUUUACAGUAGAUGCUAAGGAGAAACGCCGUUUAUUAGAAUGGGUAUCUAGUAAAAUCUCUCAUGGUAAAAAGCCUACAGAUUUUACUGAUUCCUGGAAAGAUGGUAUAAUUCUCUGCGCUUUAAUUGAAGGAAUAAUCGAAGGUUCGUGUCCUAGAUACGACCUCCUUCAUGAAGAUCAGGCGGCUUCCAACUUGAGUCUGGCUCUACAUUUAAUUGAAAAUAACAUAGGAAUCAAACCGAGUAUGAGUGUCGACGAUUUUCUUAAUUGCGAUUUUACGACAGAACGUAAAUUGAUUUGUUUGGUUUCGCAAUUAAAACUCGCAUCGGCCAAACUUCGAUUGAAAUCGGUAAUUCAGAGACCCGUGAUCAAAUUAAAUGCGGUAACUGUUAUUGGGCCCAAACAAGACUGUGUAGCAAAAGGAAUGGGCUUGAUGUUGGCAGUUAAAGGAAGAAAGGCCAGAUUCAGCAUUUUCUUAAAGACAGGUUGUACCAUGAAUAUAGUUAUCGAAAUCCGGGGACCAAAUAAUACGCUUUGCAGCGAAAGAAUCACCAAUAGAUCUCCAAAAAGAAGAGUGCCUAUGGAACAGAAUGAAGAAGAGACUAAAAGGAAAAUUCCUUUUGAAUAUAUUAUUCAACCUAAAAAGAUUGUUGUCAGCUAUACACCUUUAGUGAAAGGGGAACACAAACUUAGUAUUAUCUGGCAAGGGCAGCACAUCAUGGGAAGUCCUUACACCAUUUCAGUUGACGAUGCAAAGAACAUAGGUUCUUUAACACCUCGCAAAAACUUGGUACGUCCUCUUCACAGAGCAGAAACUGAAGAUGAUUUACUAACGAGAAGAUGCAAGUGUAAAAAUAAAAAAGAAAUGUAUUCAAAUGUAAAUUUAGGAUCGGUUAGAAAGCGUCGUAUUUUACGUCAUUUUGUAAUGAUCGAUGGCAAAGAAAUUGUUAUAGAAGACAGUAGUCCGGAGAAAUUAACUAAAACAAUCAGAAAUUUUACGUUUGGUAAAGAAAACAGUAAUGAUAACUCUUCGAAUAGAAAAACAGUCAAGAAUUUAAACGAUGAUGUAAAUAUUCAGACGGAUAUUAAUUUUGAUUUCAAAUACAAGUUUGAUGGAGACCCACAAGCUUCGAUUACCGAUAAUUCGAAUUUUAUAAAAAUGCAAUCUGGAUCAACCCCAAUAGAAUUUGGAAGUAAAUUAUUAAAUAAUACUCAUCGAUCGACACGAAUAGAUUUAGAUUGUCGUACUGAAGAGAGAGAACAUUUGAAUGAAAAUGUAAAGGAUACACUAAAGCCACCCAUAUGUGAUACGUCUAUUAUUGAAAGUCAAAUACAAAAUGAUAAUUUUUUUGUAGAUUCAGAAAAAACGUCAGAUGAGAAUUCAAAUUUACAAUCGAAUACAAAUAUAUUUCAGUCAAAUUUACAAUGUUUUGCCGACGAAUCUGAUGAUAUUAUAGAUACUUCGAAACAAAAAGAUUCAGAUAAUUUCAAUCAUUCAGAAUUCGAGCAAAACAAUGAAACGAAACAGAAAAUUUUGUCUUCUCCCUUGAAUUUGGCCAAAUUCGAUUCUCUAGAAAUAUUCAAUUGCGACAUUAAAUCUUUAAUUGCUCUUAAAAAACAACGUGAUUUAGAAAAUCUCAAAGUAGAAGAAAAAAUGGAUAUUGCAAUUAAUCGGAAACCUUCGGAAGAAUCAAAUUUAAUUGAUAGAAAACCAUCGGAAAAAUCAAACUUAAUCGAUCGAAAAUCAUCGGAAGAAUCAAACUUAAUCGAUCGGAAACCACCAGAAGAAUCAAACCUAAUCGAUCGGAAACUCUCGGAAAAAUCAACUUCAAUUGAUUGGAAACCAUCGGAAGAAUCAAACUUAAUCGAUCGGAAACCAUCAGAAGAAUCAAACCUAAUCGAUCGGAAAUCUCCGGAAGAAUCAAACCUAAUCGAUCGGAAACCAUCAGAAGAAUCAAACCUAAUCGAUCGGAAACCUUCAGAAGAAUCAAACCUAAUCGAUCUUUCUUCUCCUAUUUUUAGCCAAUCAAAUAAAUCUGUAUCCAAAAACCCCGAAAUGUUAGUAAAUGAAAUUCAAAACGAUUCGUUUGUUGUUAGAAAAAGAAACAAAGAAACAGUUUUGAAAGACUGUUCGUUUACACAACAUAGUAAAAGAUUUGGACAGCAUUUUGAAUGUUUAGAUAUUAAUGUUAAUGAUGUUAGUUUUCCAUCAGAAAAUAUAAAUGAAAUAAAAAAUUAUAAAAUUUUCAAACAUCAACCAAUAACAUUUGAAGUAUUUUCUACUUCUUUUGAGGAACACGAAAUGAAAAACGAUGACGACUUUAAUGACUUAACAGAAUUGAAACCACGAGAUCGGAAUUAUGCAAAAUCCGAUCAAAAUUUACUUGAAAAUGAAACUAAAGAUACGUCAACAAUAAAAGAAUGUUUGGAGAAUAUUCCUGUGACUGAAACCAUUAGGAUUGGUGAAACGAAAGAAAAAUUAUCGAAAAAAGAAUCUUUUGAUUCUACAGAAAAUAUCUCAGUGGUUGAAAAUAUCAAGAAUGACUCCGAAGAGGAAGAACUGCAAUUUAAAGAUUUAGUACAAACUAAGAAACAAUAUUGGGAAAAAAAAUUAGAAGUAAAAGAAAAAUUUCCUGUUAAGCUACCUCGAAGAACUGAAGGCAAUCGAAUCAACCGAUUAAAAUGUUUUUGGCAAAAUAUUAGUGAUUCUUAGCUUCAUUUUCUUUCCUUAAGGUGAAGAGCAUAAAUCUAAAAUUAGAUUUUUGAAUUUUAUUGAUUAUUUAUUCAAUAAUAGCAAUUAAUCGAAAUGAUUAUAUGCUAUUUUGUAUUGAACCUAAAAAGCUUAUUGAAAGCUAAUUCCUCUUUAGACUUUUACGAUUGCUGAUUUACUUUCAUAGCACUAAUGCUUAAAAGAAGAAAACUCAAUUUACUAAAAUAAAAUCUUUAAAGUGAUAGUUUCAGUUCAAAGCAUGGUUACAGAAAAAUAUCAAAACGAAUAUCACUAUAUAUGUACUAACAUCUAUAUGUUAGCUUCAAAAAAGAACUGCCAGAAGAGGAUGUCCAUUUCCCAGUUGAAAUGCUUCGGCCAGUAUAAUCAUUGUAAAUAAAGACUGGAAUUUUUAUAAAAUAUCAAAGUCCAAAUAUGAUACACAUAAAAUUUCUAAUUUCUAGGAUCAAGUUUGUUACACAAAGUUUUCAACUCUCUACUGAUUCUAAGGACAGCUUCAAUUUUUUCAAUUAUUAUUGACGAUCCUAAUCCAUGAUAGGAUGAUCAACGUGAAUGAGCAAUAAGGAAACUUAAGUCCUUUUAUAUGAAAAAAAAUAAUCCAAAAACACAAGUAAGAAAAAAAGCAAACGAUCGGCAUCGAAAACAAAUAUAAGAUGUACAAAAAUAUUGUUUGUUUGAAUAUUUUCUGCAUACAAGAACAAAGUUUUGUGAUAGUUGAGAUUAAAUUGUAAAUAAAAAGUAUUUCAUUCGAUAUCGAAAUACAAAAAUCUUCCUCAAUACAAUGGAUCAUUCAUUGUUCUAAAAAAGAUAACAAAUUGAAAGGUAAUAUACAUAAUAUGAUUAUUCAUAUUGGUACGAUUCGAUCAAUAUUUACAGUAUACCAGUACUUUUCAACCUUUUUCUAAUAGUGGUGCCCCAACUUGUUAAUUUUUUCUUGCCACAUCCUUACUUCUUUACAUACUUUAAUAUGCAUUGUAAAUACAAGUACAGUGCAAUUAGUUUAAAUUAUAUACUGUAUUUCCAAUAAAAUAAUUAAAAGUAUUAAUUAUUUAAUACCUUUGUAAUUACAUAUGAAUAUACAAUUACUUUUGAUAAUACACGUAAAAACCGUUAUGGUGCGUGCUGCUCAUCACCACAUUUCGCGUGACCUCUGAAGUAUCAUUGCAGCAUCCCGGUUGAAAAUCUUGUAUACUGUCCAAAAAACCUGUAUCAAAAUUGGACAUCCAAAUGAAAAAAUAUCUUUCUACAUUUUAUAUUUGACAUCUUAUAUUACAUUUUACAUUUUUUAUGUCCAAUAAACGUGCUUCCUUGUGCUCUUUGGAUGUAUAUAUUAGAAUUAUGAUUCUUUCUCUGAUGUCCCUCCAUACUUCGGUGAUAGCAUAGAGCACAGGGCUUUGUCGUAGUACGUUUAUUUUACAUGUAAAAUUUUUUUUUCAUGUCAAACUUUGAAAUAAAAAUUUGGGAAUUUUUUUAAAAAAGUAAAAAAUAAUACAAGAACUAAAAUAUUUUUCAUUCAA